AUGCAAACAUCUGCUCAGGACCAUGCUGAUCAAGGUAAGCCAAGAGCUGCCGGCGAGAGUACAAGAGCGCAGGGCCUUGCGGAUUACCCGGUUUUCUCGCUGCUCCACGAUUCGCUGUUAGCAGCGCAGCACUUGUCACAGCAUCCACAGCAUCCGCAACAACCACGCCCGCCGCAGCCGAAUGCGCAACCUCAUCAUCUGCAGCCCCCCGCUACAAGCCCGCGAGACCAGAACAACAUUGACCCUGCGAUCUCCGGGGGCGCAAUGCUUCCCCCAUCGCAACCACCGACGCAGCCAGGACCACCCGUUGAGGACGAGUCACCGAAAACAUAUGGGAAGCGACCGUUAUCUACAUCGAAGCGCGCCGCUCAAAAUCGUGCUGCACAAAGAGCUUUCCGUCAGCGCAAAGAGAGCUACAUCCGCAAACUGGAGGAACAAGUAAAGGAAUACGAAGUGAUGUCGCAGGAGUUCAAAGCCCUCCAGGCUGAAAACUACCAGCUACGUGAAUAUGUCAUCAACCUGCAGUCCCGGCUGCUGGAUUCGCAGGGGGAAGUUCCCGAGCUUCCAGGGAACAUCGAUCUCAACCAACCCCGGGCCGAGAUUUCUGUACCACAACCGGCCACUAGACCUGGCCAGGGUGUCUCGGCCCCUCCGCAAGGUUCCCCGCAGUCGCAGGUCUCCAUAGCGAACGACGAUAUGAACUCACUGAACCGCAUCGCGGAAGCCGGCCUUGGGAUGCGCAAACACCCAAACGAAGAAGCUUUUUUGAACAACAACUUCCAGGCGCGUCGUGGCCGGGGUGACGAGGCCGCCGAUUCAUCGGAUACGAAGACAGAGCCGCAGACUCAUGGGUUACCAAUGGUGUCAUGA